AUGCGAGCAGUGCUUCCCGGAAAGCCACGGGCUAAGCUGCAAGCUGUCUGUACGGGCUGCUGGGACAGCAGACGUCUAAUUGCAUACAUCACUGGAAAUGCGUUCGUCGUCCUCUCUGGGCCGGAUUCAAUCCUACAAACCAUAUACGACAGUGACGAGUCCGAGCUUGAUGCCAUUGCCUUGGAUGAAACAUCUGGAAAGAUAGCGACAUGUGCGGGGACUAAUAUUCGAGUGUAUAAGCCAUACGGGCAUGAGGAUGAUGCUCUUAAGUGGGCCCUACAACAUAGCUUCUCCAUCGAAACGACGGACGCCGCUGCAACAACAUUAUCAUGGGGCAUAGCAGAAGAACUUCUUGUGGGAGGUGCAUGGCUGACGCUAUUUUCGACAUUGGACGCGCCGACGACGAUAUGGAGUAAAGAGCUAGCUAAUACGGUUAAAUUCGCCAAUUUCUCCUACGAUUCCGCAUACAUUGCUUCGACGGGGCAAUAUGAUCGACUUGUGAAGAUAUGGAGGAGAUUGUCGUUUGGUUCGGACGAUACGCGCUUCGAUUUCAGCUACCUGCCACAUCCAACUACUGUUACCAGCGUCUAUUGGCGGAGGCCGUACCAUGUGGAACAGACUAUCGACAAUGUGCUAUAUACAAUUUGCGCGGAUAAUGUGCUACGGAUAUGGGCGGCGACGGAUCCUCAUGGCCUGCAGUUGUUGCAGCUUUGGGCGGAGAUUGAUUUGAAGGAGUCGAUUCAACCCCGGGGACUUGGUCUGGCAGAAGCUUCGAAUAUCCGGUUUGCCUUCAUCAUUGAUGGCCGAGACUUCAUGCUUGCUACUGAGCAUGCCGUUCAGGCCAAAGCUGCUGAGAGUGACAAGGAUGACCAUGCCCUUUCACAUCUGAUCGAGGUCGCCAACCGGAGUCCGGAGAUCUGUAUUGUCUUGGAUGGACUGGGGAAUAUGUCUGCGUGGGGACUAGAGAACGUGGGCUGCAAAGCACGGAAAACGACUAAUAUUUUUAAUGCUGCGCAUGUGCAUGGACUUGAACUGGGCCUUCCAAAAGACCUCACUGUGGACUCGAGCUACGUCCGGUUCUAUAAUUAUUGCAACAAGGAAAGCGGUGGUCUGAACCUUUUGAUCCAUCAUUUUGACGGAAGGAUAGAGUUUUUCGAGAGCAAUGUGGCUAAUCUGUUUGACCCAUCGCCGAGGUCAGAUCGAUUCGUCCCAAAGACUGUUUGGACUGGCCAUGCGUCUAGCAUCAGGAAAAUCAUCAGAAAUGUUAGCGGUCGAGCGGUUGUGUCCCGAACUGAUGGGAAUGAAGGGAUCGUAUGGAAGCAUAUGGAUAGCGAAGGAGGCACCGCUCUCAUCCGCCAAAGUAUUAUUACCGAGAGCGAGCAUAUUCACAGGAUAUGUGUUAUGCGAAAGGGCCGGUUUGUCAUGUACUUGCACUACGACCGUGUUGUGCUCUGGGACACUCGAACGCCUCAAGCACAACGCCUUGCAACGUGCGACUUUUCCGUUGAUGGCAAGCCCCUAUGCAUCCUAAUGCUUCCUGAAGUCAAGAAGGAAGGUCCUGUCGCUCACGUCGCUACAAUCACGUCUAAAAUGAAAGGCGUUGUCUGGGAGGUGCAGUUGCCGCUGAGAAGACGGGGGAGCAUGGUCGAGGUCAAUGGCUUUCCUGAACCGUCUAUCCGUGAAUUCUGCCAAUUCGAUCUCGGCCUAUCUGAUGAUGUUUCAUACGUCCUCCCCGUGGAUCCUGCAGGAUCGCCUCCUGUUAUUUCAGGCUUCUUGGAUACGUUUGCUCGCGAUAUUGCCAUCUCAUAUACGCACUCUGGGAUGCUUCGGUCAUGGACUGCCCGGAUUGACUUCGAAAAUCAGAAGGUCGAUUGGUUAGAAACCUGCUCUGUUGACACUGGAAUAUCCGAAAUAGCACUUGCUAGCGGCAGCUCCAUACGUAAAGCUGCACUCGUAAAUUCCACGAGAUCUGAGUUAACAAUUUGGGAUGUUCGAGGAGCCCAACUCGAAUAUUCUCAAGAUUAUGAAUCCCACGAGAGCAUCCGCGAUCUGGACUGGACGUCAACUCCAGACGACCAAUCUAUUCUUGCUGUGGGCUUCCAACACAGAGUUCUCCUCCUAGCCCAGAUGCGUUACGAUUAUUUUAACAAAGGUCCCGCCUGGGCAGCUAUCAGAGAGUUCAAUAUUCGAGAUCUCACCCCCCACCCGAUUGGUGAUUCCGCAUGGCUCGGCGGUGGUAAUCUGAUCAUCGGGGCGGGGAAUCAACUCUUUGUCUAUGAUAAAGAUGUUGACCAUUCUGCUCCAGUAGUAGUUAACCUUGGACUGGAUUGGCGGAAAGGGCCGUUCGACAUGUUCGACGUUGUUUCUAGACUCAAUGGCCCUCUUCCGGUCUACCACCCGCAAUUUUUAAGCCAGUGCAUGCUUGCUGGUAAAGGGCAUGUGGUUCAAAAAGUGCUAAUUGCACUCUACAAGACCCUCAAAUAUUUCGUUGAAGGCGACAUUAUCGACAGCCAUCUUGAUAUAGAUUUAGAAGAAUUCUACGUACCAAGUCAUGCAAUGUCGUCGUCUGCCGCAGCAACCAAGAUGUCUAGGUCUACUUUUAGCGACUUCUCCGAUGGCGAUGAAGAAGUGGAAGCUGUCACUGAAGAGGUAGCCCUCGCGAUCAACGAGAAGCUCACUCAGAUUGCUCUUCCCCAAGUCUCGAGGAAAGAGCAGAUUCAUCUGGCCGAUAUCGUCGAAUGCGUUUCUAUCGUUGAAAAGCAACGGCGGUCUAUGGACGACAAUGCUGCUAGAUUCAUGCUCUUCUUCCGCCAGUACGCACUGCAUCGUGGCCGAGCAAAUGAAGUCCAUGUAUCCUGGAGAGAAAUUAAUUGGGCUUAUCACAGCAACAGUCAAGAUAUCCUAGUAGACAUGGUCUCAAACCAGGUCCAAGGGAAAAUGUUAUGGGAGCAUGCCCGUGAAAGUGGCAUUUUCAUGUGGAUGACAGAUUCCAAUGCCCUGAAAGCACAAUUUGAAAACAUCGCUCGCAAUGAAUAUACCAAAAGCGACUUGAAGAACCCUGUUGACUGCAGUUUGUACUACCUUGCUUUGAAGAAGAAAACUGUACUACAGGGUCUAUGGCGUAUGGCUGGCUGGAACCGCGAACAAUCAGCCACAACGAAACUUCUUUCAAACAACUUUCAGGAUCCAAAAUGGAAACGGGCGGCGCUGAAAAAUGCGUAUGCCUUGAUGGGCAAGCGUAGACAUGAAUAUGCGGCAGCUUUCUUCUUGUUGGCAGACUGUCUGAAAGACGCUGUGAGCAUAAUAUUGAAUCAGUUGAAAGACCUUCAAUUAGCAAUUGCAGUCACAAGAGUCUACGAAGGAGAGAGAGGUCCCGUUUUGAGAGAACUACUCCAAGACAAGGUACUCCCAUUAGCCGCCCAAGAGGGCAACCGCUGGCUAGCCUCGUGGGCAUUCUGGAUGCUCCACAGAAAAGAUAUGGCUGUUCGAGCAUUGAUCUCCCCGGUGUACACUCUUCUUGAAUCUCCUCAUUCCACGGACCUACAAUCAAAACUCUUUCUAACCGAUGAUCCCAUCCUUGUCAUCCUAUACGCGCAACUCCGCCAGAUGACUCUUCAGACCCUACGCGGUGCAUCGAAAGUUACACCCAGAGUUGAAUGGGCGUUUGUCUUGCACAAUGCACAAUUGUACGAUCGGAUGGGCUGCGAUCUCCUCGCUUUAGACUUAGUCCGCAACUGGGAAUUCCUCCUCCCUGGAACCACCUCCUCCCUGAACUCCACACUCUCGCAAGUUGAUCCACGCCAGAUGCUCCGCAGACGCAGCUCCCUUGUGGUGGCUGACCUGCCGGUGUCUAUGGGAGUGCCAGUGGACAUGAAAACUGGCGGCCAUAAACCACCGCCGAGUGUUUUUGAGGAGCCGGAGAGUAAUUCUCUGUUAGAUAGCUUUGGGUUUUGA